CGGACGUUAGAUGACUUCCGGAAAACGGCCUCGGAGGGCGGAGCAGCUCUGCUCGGGGCCUCUGAUUUGUGGUUCCAGUUAAUGGACGGCGACUGGAGCCAAUAGGAACGAGGGGACGAGCCGGGCCGGGGGCUGUGGGGAACUGGCCAAGAAUCAGGGAGUUUUCCCACCCGAGAUCCCCGUCUGCCUUUCCCCUCGGGGACUGGAAUGUUGCCCCGCGGGGAGACCGCCGCCCUCUUCUGGGGUCACCCCUGGACCUGAAAGACGACGUCAAGGCGCUCCAUCGACCUGAUCUGCCGCUGCUGCCAUGUUCCCCGUGAAGGUGAAGGUGGAGAAAGCAGAGCUGGAGAUGACCAAAGCCCGGAGCCACCUGGACGCCGUGCUGCAGUGCCUGCUGGAGAAGAGCGACGUGGACCGGGAGCCACUGGAAGAUGAAACCGGGAAGACACCCGCAGAUGCCCACAGCAAGGAGAUCUCCCCCUCGGCAGCCGGCAAACGCCCUUCCGCCCGCCUCUCCCAUCACCGGCGGAAGAAACGGAAAGAAAUGGAGGAGGGUCUCCCCGAGGGGGGACAGCAGCGAUCCAACACCUAUGUCAUCAAGUUGUUCGACCGCAGCGUGGACCUAGCCCAGUUCGGCGAGAACACCCCCCUCUAUCCCAUCUGCCGCGCCUGGAUGCGAAACAGCCCCACGGUGCGGGAGCGCGAGGCGUCCCCCAGCCCCCCGCUGCCCCUUCUGCCCGAGGACGAAGAGGGGGCCGAGGUGUUGAACGGGAGGAACCGGGAUGUGUACAGCUUGCCCCCCCCCGCCGCCCCCUGCCCGGGGGGGGAGGUCUCCAGCCCCCGCAUCCCUUCUCCCCUGCAGCCAGAGGCCCAGGGGGCCCCAGACGCGACUCCGGAGUCGGACCCUUCCAUGUCCGCCCUCAUCCACCGCAACAUGGAGCGCUGGAGAAUGGUCCGCCAGAGGUGGAAGGAAGCAUCCCAGAGGAACCAGCUUCGUUACGCGGACAGUAUGAAGAUUCUCCGGGACAUGUACGAGCGGCAGUGACUGCUCCGCCCCCUCCCCCGCCGCCAAUAAACUCGUUCCUCUCCCCCGGACCCGCCCCUGCGGGGGGAGAGGGAGACACGCCUCA